AUGGAUAUUUCUGGAAAUACACUGUCGUUCGCUCUCAGUGUCUUUGAAAUUGCAAUUUCCAACCCAGAAUUCCAAAUAGAGUUGCUAUCGAUCAAGAUUAUAGAGAAAAUAAUAACAUUAUUGGAUCAUCAAUUAUAUAGUAUAAAUAUAAGUAAUCCUUUAAAGAUAGCUUUGAAAUUAACACAAAGUAAAGAAGGAUAUAAAAUUACGGAUGUAAAUACACAAACAUUUUCACUUUCACUCAUCAACAAUAUGAUUGCAUAUUCUGAAAAUGUAUCAGAGUUUCUGGAUGAGAUCGAGGAGUAUAGCCUUUCAAAUAUAUUAAAGAAACAAUUAAAUACAACAGAUGUUCACUUUAAAAAACAAAUAUAUAGAUUACAGAAUUUGAAAUUACAAGAAUUUAUAAGAGAUUGCUCUACACAAUAUAAUAAAGAUGAUCCGAAUCACGAGAGAAUGCUGCAGAAACUGUGGGAUAUUAUGUUUGUUGGCGAGGCAUUCCAGCCCGUUGACGAACGUUGGAAGAGCAUUGGAUUUCAAGGAAAAGAUCCGUCAACCGAUUUCAGAGGAAUGGGAAUUGCAGGUCUCAAGCAUCUUUUGUAUUUGGCCAACAACCAUCUCGACACAUUUAGAACGAUUACACAACACCAAACAAAUUUACAAUCAAAUCCAAUCACAAGCGACCGAUACUAUCCAGUUGCUGUAUGUGGAAUUCACAUUACGAGCAUGUUAUUAGAAUUAAUGAAACCACCUCCCAACAUUAAAGAGAAUGAAGAAAAUAUCUUACCAAUUAUAUUUGAUCAUAAAUAUUCGGUGGCAGAGAUUUAUUGUAUUACUUUGGAUAUUUUCGAAAUGGUGUGGGAGGAAGCUGCUGCUAGAUAUAUGGAUUUCGAAAGAGUAAAGACAGUUUUGAAAUCACAAAUCUCCGAGACAAUAUCAAAAGCAACAACUAUAAUGGGUUUUAGAACAAGUAACACGGGUAGAAAGAAGUUGGUUGACUACAAAAAGUUGGUCAAUGAAACCUACAAGAAGAAUGGAAGUGGAACACGUCAAUCAAAGAGUUUUAACUCGGGCUAUGACGCCGAAACUUCGAGAAAGAGUAACGAUCACACCACUGGAAAUCCAAUAUUCUCGAGAAGCACCGAUUCUCAACACGAACUACUGACAUCACCACAACCACCCAAACACCCAGGGAAUGACACCGAUCAACUUGGCAUGCACAACAUCGACCGUUCAGAUCAUAGAGUUAGUGAUGAUCCAGAACGGAAUCAACGUGACACUACCCGCAAAGAAUGGAUUCCAUCCGAUUCACAGUCUUGCCUCUCGACGUUGGAUCGCCGAAGAUUUCAACAAGAUACUCAAGCUGCUGCUAGAGAAAGGUGCGGAAAUCGACACCAAGAUACUCGAGUCCAUGGACACCCCGCUCCACUUGGCAGUCGCCAAAGAGUGUGA